GAUUUUUUAUAUCAUUUAUUUUUUAUCUUAAUAAUAAUUAAAUUGAGAACAAUGAAUACAACAUAAUAAACGAACUCUAAAAGCUCAACUUAAAGGCAAAGGCAUCCUUCUUAGACGGAAGGAAACCUUUGUUAAGUGAACUCAACUUAAAGUGAAAAAUAGAAUAGUUAAUAGUAGCAAUAAAGCAAUUUCGAACAACAAUAUUAGCAAUACAAAAUGUUUGCAGAAUAGGAAAAUUAAAAUACUUUUGAAAUUACCAAGAUUUUAAAAUAGAAUAUAAAUAGAUUUUAUAAAAUUAAUAAAAUCGAUUUAGCGGAAUAAGCUAAAACUAAUAAAUAAUCCAAUCAAAUUGUAUCCUUUCUUGAUAAAUUUUCUACAAAAACAAAAUAUUAAUAGAAUUUAAAUUAUAUGAUGUACGAGGAAGCAACAUCAGGAGAGGAAUCUCCAAAAUAUAAUUUUACUAACUCCUCUGAUGAUAGCUACUAGGAUAAUAGAAGGAGUGAUGAUGAAAAUGAAUUUAGCAAUAGUAGUGAUAAAUCAUAUGAUAGCAGUGAUGAUGAAGAUAAUGAAAGUGAUGAUAGUGAAGAUAACAGUGAUGAUGAUUCAUAUAGCGAAAGAGAAAGUAGUAAAAGUAGUAAUAAUCGUAAGAAACAUAAAAAAAAUGAUUAGAUGGAGGAUGAAAAUCAAAGGAGUGAUAAAUAAAGUAAAAAAAUAAAUAGACAUCAUUCAGAUGAGGAAGAUUCUAGUGAGUUUUAAAACAGAGAUAAUAUGGAGAGGAAAAAUAAAAGCUAAAAUAUGAAAGAUGAAAAAGAAGAACACUUGCUUGAAUAGGAAUAUCCAGAAUAAGGGAAUUUGUUGUAUUAAUUGUAGAGUAAAAUGGCUCUUGAAAAGAAAAAUAUGCAGAAAGAUAGAUAAAAUAGCAGUAGCAGUAGCAGAGAAAGGAAAAAGAAGAUAUAAAAAGCUAGUGAUUCAAAGAAAAAAGGGAUUUAAAAAGGCAAACAUAAGAAAAAACAUAGAGAUUCUCCUAAUAGAAAAAAAUCUAAAAAAUAUUCCGAAAAAUAAAAGAGUAUUUUAAGAAAAAAACUAAAUCACGAUAAUGGGAACAAUUAUAAAGGCAGUAAGGAUGUAGCUUCUUUGGAGGAUAUAUACUUAAAUUUCUUCGACUUUCAUUCGUAUGAUAUUGUCUCUUCAUUAAAAGAGGCUGAGCUUUAUCCAGAUAUUCCUAAAAUUUAUAUAGAGGAUCCCUAAAAUGAGUGUGAUGAACACGAAAUAUAUAAAAUUGUAAUAUCUUUGUCCAAACUAGAUACUUCUGCUGUUAAAAAUAAGAAAAAAGUUAGAAAUUUUAGUAUCAUUUAUGUUGAAAAUGUUAAAGUUCUCAUUUUUGAUUUUUAUAGAAAGAGCACUUCAAUAAUCGUAAGUAAACACUUACUUGAUUUACCUACUAAAAAUAAUCGUAAUCUACUUCCUAAAUCUCUUAAAUUUAAGUGGGCUCUUGAUAAAAGAGCUAAUCCUGAGUAUUUAAAAAGUUAUUAUGCUUGCAUUUUCCGUAAUAUACCUAAAUUUACUGCUUAGUAAAUCUCUUAGUUUAUUCUUAACAAGCAUCCACAUUUAAAAUUAAAGUGUGUAGAGGAGCCAACCUACAUAAAAAAUUAAAAUUGUACAAUAGCUUAAUUCGAAACUGUAGAGGAUUGUGAAUAUGCUUGCACUGUGUUUCAUAAAUAAAACUGGUUGAAUCCGAAAUACAAAGUGAAAUGCAAUAUCCACCCUAAAUGCAGUUUUUAGAGAAAUCAGUAAGCAAAAGAUGAUAAAAAUAAAAUAUUUUUUGUUCAAUCAAAUGUUUUGAAAAGAUGUAAACUUUUUAAGUGCAGAAUGAAAAAAGAAUGGUUUGAGGACUAGAUAUUACCUCCUUAAAUCAAGUAAGAAGAAAUAACCUAUAAAAAUAGCUUAUUAAGGUUUUAGAAGAUUAAGCUACCUAAUUCAUUUAUUAGCUCAGAUGAUCUCAGUGACGAAGAAAGCUUUUAAGAAUACAGAUUUCUUUAUUAAGAAAAUACUAACAAAUCUAAUAAAUAAAAUAAAAAUAAUAAUAACUAAAAUAGUAAUAAUAAUAAUAAUAUCAACAAUAAUUUUAAUUCUUAAUAUUUAAAUAGUAACAAUAAUGGAAGCAAUAACAAUAAUAGUAAUAAUAAUAACUCAAAUUAAAAUGCCAAUCUCACAAGCAAUGCUAGUAAUAAUAACAACAAUCAUCAAGGUAGCAGCCGUUUUCAUAGUAAUAAUGGUAACAGCAACAAUAAUAAUAAUAAUACCAUAAGUAGCUAGUAAAAUAGCUAAAAUGUAAAUUCUGGAAAUAAGUAACAAGAUAAUGACCCUUUAAGUAUACUGCGUCAAAGCAGCCAAAUGAACAGCAAUGCUUAUUAAAUGAAUAAUAUGAGGACAGGUUAAGAUAAUAGAAAAAGUAACAACAAUAAUAAUAGCAAUUAUAAUGAAGAAAAAUAAAAUUAAAAUUAACAAAAAUCAAAAGGAAUGUCGAAUGUUAAAUUAAACGAUAUACUAAAGAAUAGUAGUGGUAUAAUAGGUAUGUAAUAUUAAGAAGAUAUGCAACAAAGCAAACAAUCUUCUUCAAGCAUGCUACAAUCUACAAACGACAGCCAUUCAUGUUAAAAUAGAGAGGAAGAAGCACAAAAUGACAUUGGUAUAACUAGUACGAUGCAUUCAAGCAGAGCUAUGAACAUCUAUGGGUCGAAUUAAUCUUCUUCUAAAAGCAAUCGCAUGGACAGAGACAAAGAUGCGAAUAGUUAGAAAUAAGGGUAAAAACGCUAAACUGAUAGCAAAAGUUAAUAAGAUGAUAAAUCCCAUAAGAAUAGUGGAAAAUAAAAUAUUCAAUAAUUUGAGCAAAUAAAAAAAAUUUCAAAAACCGAAACACAAUCAAAUUCAAAAUUUUAAAAUUCCUCACAAUAGUAGGGUUAAUCUUAAUAGAUUUAAGUAAAUUAAAUAUUAACAAAUAGUAGCAGUAUUCCACCUAAUCCUAUCUAAUUACCGAAUUCUUAGAGCUAGCAAACCUCAAACCAACCUCCAUAAUACCCUAAUACUUAGUAAUCCCAAUAAUAGUAAGUUAUUUAAAACCCUACUGCAAUUUAGCCUAUUUCUUAGUAAGCUUAAUAGAUUUAAAUAGGAUCUUAAGUAACUCCUACCGCUUUGCCUUAAAACGCUAAUUAACAGUAGAUGUAAUAAAUUCCAGCUAUUCUAUUACAACCUCAAUAAAUUUAAAAUUAAAUACCUAAUAGAAAUCAAAUAAUUCCUUAGCAAUUUCCUUAACAACCUAAUUAACCUCCUAUAAUGGUUAUGGGUUAAAUUCAACCUGUUUAACAACAAAACCAAAUUAUGUAACCAUUAAUACCAGGAUAAGUAUAAGGCUAAGCUUAAUAAACUCAAUAAGCAUACCCAGGUUCUUAAGUUUUACCUCAAUAAGUUUAGGUUAACUAAUUUAUGCCAGGUUAAGCAGGAUAAAUGCCUAUGUAAUAGUAAAUUUUUUAGGGAAUGGUAUAAUAAAUUCCAAAUCCUUAAGGGUCAGCUAUAAUUUAACCUUAGCCUGUACCAUAUGGAAUGAUAUAAAACCCAUAAACUGGGUAAGUAAUACCAGCAAUAGUUCAACAAGUAUAGCCUAAUAUGGUUUAAUAACCAUAAAUUGUAAUGGGAUAAUAACCUAUGUAUGGUCAAGCUCAUGGUUAUAGGAUGUAAGGAGGGUAAAUCUAAAUGUAAAAUUAAUAAAUAGUUUAAUAAAUACCACCACAUUAAAUGAUGUAAGCAAAACAACCUUAGGCAUUAGUUUACGGAUAGCCUGGCCCUUAAGCUGUGGUAUUUGCCUAACCUCCAUAAUAAAUUAUUCAUCAUCAUCCUCAUAUGGCUGUUGUUAACUAAAAUAUGAUUUAAUAACCUGGAUAAAUUAUUUAACAAGCUCAAAACUCAAGCUUAGGCAUACCAUAAUAAAUACCAAUUAUUUAACAAUAUCCCAAUUAGGUUGGUGUCAUUUAAGGAGUUUAACCAAUAAUAAAUCCAUCAGAUUAGUAGGUAAAAUCAGCCAUAGCAUAACCAACAUAAAUUUUAGAUGACAAAACUAGAUAGUAAGAAGAAAAAAGGCUUUAGUUAUUAAAAGAAAUAAUUAAUCCUAGCAAUUAACAUGCUCCAUAACCACCUUAAGAGUAGGCUCCAAACACGCCUUCAACUCCACCAACACCUCCAUCACCACCAACUCCUCCUCCUGAACCUAUGUGA